AUGGACCUGUUGAAGGAGUAUGACGAUAGUGAAGACGUGGAGGAAGACGGCAAUGAUGUCGCCGAAGGGAUGCGAAAAGACCAAGGGGAAGAGGAAAAGAGUCAAAUGGUAAGUGCAACUCCCGUUAGCCUAAUAAACUGUGCCCCCGACGUUGACACAUACGACUUGGAAAUAAAAAACUACAAAGAAAAGUUUAAAAAUAUAGGAAAGAAAAUAAUGUUCGACGACCCGACUUUUCUCAGUGUACUGAAUAGGCCUCAACAGGGACCCAGCAUAAAUGAAAAUUACAACUUUUUAAAAAAUGCAUCCAAGAAUCAUUACAAUGGGUGCAUAGAAUCAACCUAUGUGAAUAAAAACAUUUUUGAUUAUCAGUACAACCAGUUUAACAUAACCGGAGUAGCGGAGAACCCGGCCCUGAAAAGUUGCUACAAGAAGAAUUACCAAAAUUAUAUAAUAGCAAGGAGUAGGGAUUAUGAACUGCUAAAUGAUGGGCAGUCGCCAUAUGAUCAGAGGUGUAAGAAGAAAAGAAUCAAAAAUGAAAGGCAGGAUGAUGGCGCUUUGGAAAGGUAUAAAGGCCCCUGGGAAGAUAAGACCACAUUAAAUAGCAGACAGGGGGAAAAGACUGGAAAGGGAGAGCCACUCGAGAACGACGGAGAAAAGGCGGAUUCCCAAAUGAAUACUGAACAGGCUAAUAAUGAGAAAGGUGGGUCUAAAAAGGCAGCAAAGAAAAACGCAAUUAUGAAGUUAGAAUCUUGCAGUUUAGACGAAGCAAUUAAAAAAAAUGUGGUAAACGAGAAAAGUACCCUAUAUAAUGAUAAGGUAGUCUCCACAUUACAUAUAAAUGAAGAAUCAAAUGACUAUUAUCAUAAGUCCUGGUUCGAAUUGCCAGCAGAAUAUAAAGAAAGAGAAUUUAUGAUAGAAGAAAAUUUUCCUCCUAAGAAAGAAAUUCACACAUAUAAAGGACACAAAUUGGGGGUUCAGAAGAUUCGCUUUUUUCCCAAAUAUGGAAAUUACAUUCUCUCUGCCUCGUUAGAUCAUACGUUAAAAUUAUGGGGAGUGUAUAAAUCAAAAAGUUGCGUAAGAACAUACAAGGGACACUUUAAAGGGGUUAAAGAUGUGCUUUUUGAUAAUGACGGAGUGAAUUUCCUAAGCUGUAGUUAUGAUAAUAAUGUAAUUUAUUGGGAUACAGAAUAUGGGAAAAUAAAAGGAGUGUAUAAUCAAAAAAAGACUCCAUACUGUCUAUGCUUAAAUCAAGAUGAUCCGAACACGUUUUUGGUUGGAGGUGCUAACAACAAAAUUUGCCACAUAGAUUUCCGAACAGGCAACAUUGAAUUAGAAUACAAUGAACAUUUACAAGCCAUAAAUACUAUUACACUAUGUGAAAAUAAUAAAAAAUUGAUAAGUACAUCCGAUGAUAAAAAGAUUUUUAUUUGGGAGUAUGGGCUUCCUGUCGUUGUCAAGUAUAUAUCAGAUGCAUCGAUGUUUUCAAUAACAGCCGUUUCGGUGCACCCAAGUAACAACUUUUUUUUAUGUCAAUCGAUGAACAAUGUAAUUACUGUUUAUGAAGCGACGGGGAAAUUUCGACUAUUUUCAAAGAAGACUUUUAAGGGCCAUCACAAUAGUGGUUAUGCAAUUAACGUAUCGUGUAGCAAUGACGGGAAGUACGUCAUUAGUGGGGAUAGUAAUGGAGGUCUGUUCAUUUGGAAUUGGAAAAAAAUGUCAAAUUUUAAAAAUAUGAAAGCGCAUAAAAAUGUCUGCAUAGAUUGUGCGUGGCACCCGUUUAAGACCUCAAUGUUGGCAACCGCUAGCUGGGACGCCACCGUUAAGUUGUGGGAAUGA